AUGGCCAGUCCCCACCCACGUACACUCCCAGUGAAGCGUCAGCUCUCCAGGCAGUUGGAGCAACUUCAAAGGAAGUUGGGAGCUAGCAACACAAAUCCUGACACCUGGAAUCAGGUGGUUGUGCUGGUUCAUGGAGAGUUGCGAGUACAGACAAGAGGAGACUAUGGAGAAGAUGGAACAGCCGGGCAACUUUCCAAAAGAAGGUAUAAACGUGAAUGGGUGAAAUUUGCCAAACCUUGCAGAGAAAGAGAAGACAACUCAAAAAGAAAUCCAAUUGCCGAAAUUACUUCAGAUUUCCAGCAAACCCAGAAAAUUACCUACCACAUUUCUGGGGUAGGAAUUGAUCAACCUCCUUUGGGAAUCUUUGUUGUUGACAAAAACACUGGAAAAAUUAACAUAACUGCCAUAGUUGAUCGUGAGGAAACUCCGAGCUUCCUGAUCACAUGUCGAGCUGUAAACUACUUAGGUCAAGAUGUAGAGAAACCACUUCUAUUAACAGUAAAAAUUUUAGAUGUCAAUGAUAAUUCUCCAGUAUUUUCACAAAGCGUUUUCAUGGGUGAAAUUGAAGAAAAUAGUGCUUCAAACUCUUUGGUGAUGAUCUUAAAUGCCACAGAUGCAGAUGAACCAAAUCAUUUGAACUCUAAAAUUGCCUUCAAAAUCAUCUCCCAAGAACCUGCAGAUCAACCCAUGUUUCUGUUAGGCAGAAACACAGGGGAACUCCGUACCUUGACCAAUUCUCUUGAUCGAGAGCAAACUAGCAGUUAUCAUCUGAUUGUGAGUGGUGCAGACAAUGAUGGACGUGGACUUUCAACGCAAUGUGAAACUAGAAUUAAAGUGAUAGAUGUCAAUGAUAAUUUCCCAAUGUUUAAAGAGUCUCAGUAUUCAGCACAUAUUGAGGAAAACACAUUAAGUUCUGAGUUACUUCGAUUUCAAGUAAUAGAUUUGGAUGAAGAGUUCACAGAUAAUUGGCUUGCAGAAUAUUUCUUUACCUCUGGAAAUGAUGGGAAUUGGUUUGAAAUACAAACUGACCCCAGAACUAAUGAAGGCAUCCUGAAGGUGAUUAAGGCACUAGAUUACGAACAACUGCAAAGUGUGCAAUUUAGUAUUGCCGUCAAAAACAAAGCUGCAUUUCACCAAUCAAUAAGCUCUCAGUAUCGAGUGCAGUCAACCCCAGUCACAAUUCAGGUAGUAAAUGUGAGAGAAGGACUUAUAUUCCGUCCUGCUUCCAAGAAAUUCAUUGUGCAGAAAGGUAUAAGUAGUAAAAACCUGAUCAAUUAUGUCCUGGGAACGUAUCAAGCCAUUGAUGAAGACACUGGGAAGGCUGCUUCAUCCGUCAAAUAUUUAAUGGGACGUAACAAUGGUGGCUUGCUUAUUGUUGACUCAAAAACGGCUGAAAUAAAAUUUAUCAAAAAUAUAGAUCGGGAUUCUACUUUCAUAGUUAACAACACAAUCACAGCUGAGAUUCUGGCCAUAGAUGAAAACACUGGAAAGACUUCUACUGGCACUGUAUACGUUGAAGUACCUGAUUUUAAUGUAAAUUGUCCAACAGUUGUCCUCGAAAAGCAAGUAAUUUGUAGUUCAAAACCUUCGGUUGUUGUCUCAGCUAGAGUACUGAACAGUGAUAAAUACACUGGUCCCUACACUUUUUCACUGGAGGAGCAACCUUUAAAAUUGCCAGCUGUGUGGAGCAUCACAACAGUAAAUGCUACCUCAGCUCUGCUAAGAGCCCAGCAACAGAUAUCUCCUGGAGUAUACACAGUCUUCCUCACAGUCAGGGACAGGCAGAACAGGUGGUGCAACACACCUGAGAGCUUGACUCUGGAAGUCUGUGAGUGUGACAACAGGGACGUCUGUGGAACUUAUGAUCCAAGCAAAGACCCUGGGCCCACUUACGGAAAGCGAUCAUCAGUGAAGCUGGGACCUGCCGCCAUUGGCCUGAUAUUCCUUGGUCUUCUGCUAUUGCUGUUGAUCCCCCUUCUGCUGUUGGCAUGUGACUGGGGGAUGGGUCCUCUAGGGGGAAUGGCAAGUGGCUUCAUCCCAGUUCCUGAUGGUUCAGAAGGAACAAUUCAACAGUGGAAAAUUGAAGGAGCCCAACCUGAAGACAAAGAAAUCACUAAUAUUUGUGUGCCACCUAUGGCAGCUAAUGGAUUAGAAUUCAUGGAAAAUUCUGAAGUUUGCACAAACACAUAUGCAGGAGCGACAGGAGCAGAAGGAGCUUCAGGCAUAGAAAUGACCACAAAGCUUGGAACAACUGGGGCGUCUGGCGUCCCUGGAGGAUUUGCUACAGGAAAUGUGUGUGCAGCCACUGCAGCCUUUGGCACGUGCUCAGCAGGACACUCCGGGACAAUGAGAACAAGGCAUUCCACUGGAGGAACCAACAGGGACCAUGCAGAAGGCACAAUAAACAUGAAUUUCUUGGACUCCUACUUUUCUCAGAAAGCAUUUGCCUGUGCAGAGGAAGACGAUGGCCUGGAAGCAAAUGACUGUUUGUUGAUCUAUGAUAAUGAAGGCACGGAAGCCCCACAUUCUCCUUUGGGCUCCCUGGGCUGUUGCAGUUUCAUUGCCGAUGACCUGGAUGACAGCUUCUUGGACUCAUUGGGCCCCAAAUUUAAAAAGCUUGCAGACAUAACUCUAGGUGUUGAUGAUGAAGCCCAACAAUCUCAGCUACUCACCGAAAAAUGUGAUUUGGGGAUUAACUCCCAUGGCCAUUCUGUAGAAAGCCAACAAUCAGUAACUGUCAGGUGCACGACUUUGCAAGGUGGUCAAGGAGUUUCUACUUUGUCUGCUUCUGGGUCUGUCCUCCAACCAGCCAUUUCCAUCCCUGAUCCUUUGCAACAUGGUAACUAUUUGGUAUCUGAGACUUAUUCAGCUUCUGGUUCUUUCGUGCAACCUUCCACUGCAGUCUUUGAUCCACUUUGCACACAAAAUGUUAUAGUGACUGAAAGAGUAGUCUGCCCCAUUGCUACCAUACCUGGUAACCUCCAGGGUCCAACGGAGUUACGAGGGUCACGUAACAUGAUCUGUAUAGAAGAUCCUUGUUCCCGUUUGAUAUGA